CUGUUGUGGGGUUUCCCUCUGCGGCUAAUAAUAAAGAUCUCAGAUGGGUUUGGUUAGAAAAUUGUGCUCCCCGGAGUGGGUGAAGUUGAGCAGGAAGUAAUUUAGAGGGAUGCGACCCGCCCUCCCCAUCACCUGCCAACUCGUACUCCUUCCCCUCCACAGAAGCUGCCUGACCUGUUGAGUUCCCCAGCAUUUUGUGUGCGUUGCUCUGGAUUCCCAACAUCUGCAGAAUCUCUAUUGUCUGGCAACGCUUGUUUUCGGAGGGCAGAGUUUCGGGGAAAUUUCCAAUCACGCAUGUGAUUGGAGGGAUGGAUUUCAGUGGAAGCGUGUGAUUGGAAGGAUGGGUGUUCGAGGAGGCUUGUGAUUGGAGGGAUGGUUGUACAGGACGCGUGUGAUUGGAGAAGAAAUAGAUUGGUAAACUUGCGAUAUUAUUGCUGAGGUGGUCGUUCGGCCGGGCGAUUCUGUCCGGGGGAAGCCCGUGCUCCCUUUACCCUCCUCGACCCGCAGGCCUGGGGCUGGAGGAGACGCUUCGCUCUGAUAGGAAAUAGAAACCAGACGCGGAGCCUGUGGGCCGGCUCAUGUGAUUUCCAGGAAAGGGGCGGCGCGGCUGCCCAGAGCGCCGGGGGAGGAAUCUCCACCGCCCGCAGACCGAGGCGAGGGAGCCGCCUUUCGAAUAAAACCCGCCGCUCGGGGCUGGGCUGCAGACAGAGCUGCUCACACUCUGCUGGAUGGGGAAGCAAAGGAUGAGCCAACAGAAGCCGCAGUUGCGACCAUGGCUGAUUGCGCAGAUCGACAGUGGCCGCUACCAGGGUCUUUGCUGGAUUAACGAGGAGAGGAACAUGUUCCGCAUACCCUGGAAACAUGCGUCCCGUCACGACCUGUCUGAGCACGACUACCGCAUCUUCAAGGACUGGGCUAUUGCCAGCGGGAAGUUCACCGGACAGAAUGCCAGUGACCCUCCCAAGUGGAAAGCCAACUUCCGAUGUGCCCUCAACAGCAACGAGUCGUUCAAGAAGAAGGCUGACAACUCAAAUGAUUCUUCUGAUCCACACAAAAUCUACUGUAUCGUGAACCACAACCCGGUUAUGGCUUCAGGGGUGCGCGUUGGAGCCGCAGAGACAGAUGACGAGCUGGACUCGAUUCUGUACUUCAGCCCCGGGACGGAGCCUGGGCAGCCUAACUUUAACCUGCUGCCUGACCCCUACGCACAGGAACCUGUGGAAGAUGUGAUGCCACACUUUGGGUUGAUGAGUUUGUCGGACAGUCCUCAAGACCAGCUGGAUCCUGGCACUGGGCACCCACCAAACUUCUACACCCAGACUGCAGAUGUUCCUGGCGUCAGUCACCUGCCCCUGGGUGCUGCCCCUCAGGAGGCAGCCAGCCAGAUCCCCCCUCAUGCCUCCUUACCAGAACAGCGAUGGGAGCCGGUGCCAAACCUUAGCCAGAACGGACCCCUGCAGGUUCCUGCUCCGGUGGGCAGGCAGCCCCCAAGCCAAGGAGCACCCUCUGGGGCAGAGGGCCAUCUGUCUUCUCAGCUCCCCAGUGACCUGGACAUCACUAUCUAUUACAGAGGCAAGCAGGUCCUCCAGACCACGGUCACCAACAGCGUUGGCUGCCGCCUGUACUUCCAGCAGGAGGAUGAGAGUUUUGCUCACUUGCAGCAGAUCAAGUUCCCGGGCACGGAUGACAUUUCUGAUUACAAGCAGAAGGACUUCACUGUCCGCCUGCUGACCAACAUGGAGGGUGGUGUGCUGCUCUGGCACCGGGCUGGCGAUCUGCUGGCCAAACGGCUGGGCAAAUGCCAGGUCUUCUGGGCUAACGGGGACGUCGGCACCAACGAUGAGUCCCAGAAACUCAACCGCGAUGUGACGACCAGGAUCUUCUGCCUGAAGGAUUUCAUUCGGGGCAUAGUUCAGUUUACGGAGCAUCGAGACAGGGCCCCGCCGUGUGCUAUCUUCCUGUGCUUUGGUCAGCACUUUGUGGGGAGCGAGCAGAGCAAGAAACUCAUUCUGGUCAAGGUGAUCCCCAAAGCUUGUGAGUUCCUCACUGAGCUUGCCCACCAAGGUGGCGCCUCGUCGCUGAACAGCGAGAAUGUCAGCCUGCUGAUCUCCAACACAGCAUCAGGGGACAGCCUGUACGCCCUUCUCCAGGAGAUUGAAGAUAUGGAGGUGGACCUGUAAUCAGGUUUGGAACCUGAGCCUGGGGCCACCAUUUUGUUACUGGUUCAGUGCUGGCCUCUGCUCUCCGCCAGACUUCUUUCAUUCUUGGGCAGGCGGGCAGGCCGAGAUGUGAGGUUGUUCUGCCUGAUCUAUGUUCUGGAGGGUCAGCUCCUGCCCCUCCCCAGUCCCCUGGGCAGGCGGGCAGGUGUGUGAGGGAGCUCUGCGUCCUGCAGAACCUCUGGAUCUGCCCCACAGCUCCCUAGGGACCCUUGCAACUCUCAGGCAGUCGGCCUGCGCACGGUCCCCCUCGCACUGCAGCAGUACUGUUCUCUGGCUAGCUAUGCAGUGCAUUCCGAUGGUAAAAAGGGCCGUCUCCCAUCCUGGCUUUGACCUGAACUUGCCCAGCUGUGUGUCCUUGGCGACGGCGGUGCAGACAUUUUGCGGGAGAGGGGAUGGGGGCUGAGAACAGCUCCGUCUCACGUCUGUCUCUCCCGUGGCUGCUCUGGGCAAGAGCUGGAGCCUGGUGAGAGUUGGCUGUCUACUGACACCUGCAGAGAUGGAAGUGGACAUCUCCGUUCCCAUUCCGCCACUUUUGUUACUCAAAACAUUUAUUAAAAUCCAGGAAGCAAAGUUGCCAGCGUCUCUCUAAUUCAACCAUCUGGUCUAAGGCUCUGAGCCUGCCUCUGUGAGUCAGAGGGGAAGUGGGGAGAAGGGCACACUAUGGUGAUAAGGGGUUUGUUAGUCGAGCAGACAGGAGGUUCUGUGGGCGAGAACAAGAUUCCCGGAUGGUAUGUUGUCUCCUGGGUGUCAGGGCCUGGGACAUCUCAGACCGAGUCCUCAUAAUUUUCAAAUGGGAGGGUGAACAGCCGAGGCUGUGGUCCAUGUAGGUACCAAAGACAUGGGUAGGAAGAGUGACGAGGUUCUGCUUAGGAGCUAGGUGCUAAAUUGAAGGGCAGGACCUUCAGGGUUGUGAUCUCAGGAUUGCUGCACAUGCCACGUGCUGGUGAGGCCAGAACUAGGAAGAUUAUACAGUUUAAUAGGACUCUGGGGAGUUGGUGUAGGAGGGAGGGCAUAAGAUUUUUGGAUCAUUGGGCUCUCUUGCAGGGAAGGUGGGACCUGUACAGAAGGGAUGGUUUACCCCUGAACUGGGAGAGGACUGAUAGCCUAGUGGGAAGGUUUUGUAAUGGUGCAUGGUGGGGUUUAAACUAGAGUUGCAGGGGGAUGGGAACCAGAGUGCCAGAACGGAUAGUGGGGAGGUUGAGAAGACAGAUUUGGUAGGACUGCAGACAAAGCCAGGAAUCAAAAAGUUAAGCAUGGUGCGACCAGUGUCCUGAGCUGUGCGUAUUUCAAUUUGAGGAGUAUUUUAGGAAGGGCGGAUGAGCUGGGGGCGUGGAUUGACAUCUGGAAUUAUGACAUUGUAGCUAUUAGUAAGACUUGGUUGCAGGAGGGGCCGGACUGGCAGCUCAAUAUUCCAUAGGAUCCAUAGUUUUAGACAUGACAGAGCAGGAGGGAUUAAAGGAGAAGGGGUAGUGUUACUAGUCAGGGAAAAUGUCACGGCAGUGCUCCAUCAGGACAGACUGGAGAACACGACUAGUGAGGCAUUUUGGGUGGAACUGAGAAAUAAGAAUGAUAUGACCACGUUAAUGGGCUACAUUACAGACCACCCAACAGUCCUAGGGAUUUAGAACAACAAAUUUGUAGAGAGUUCGCAGACUGUUGCAAGAAACAUAAGGUUGUUAUGGUAGGUGAUUUUUAACUUUUCACAUACUGACUGGGAAUCUCGUACUGUAUGUAAUGCCCUGGUAAAGGUUUCACUGCUAACAGUGUUUAGAUUAUUGUUAGAGAUGAGGGCUGCUUUAGAAUGUGGGCCAUCCCAUCAGGAGAGAAGGCUGGGGGAGCGGGGUUUUUUUUGCCAAACACCGGUGGGAUUUUUGAUCUUUGUUCAGCAAGAGAUGAGAGAACCGGUGGUAGGGUUCGAUCCGGAGGGGACCGUGAUUCAAUGGAGCCAAGGUGCGGGAGUCCGCUGGGGAUCAGUGAAUAUGACUUUUGGAAGAUUUAAGGUCCAACCCGUGCAGAUUUGACCAUUUAAUUAUAAUGUCCUUCUUGUUUUUUUCUUUUCUCUAUUUGGUUGUUAAUAUUCAUAAAUAUAUUUCCUUUAAUUAUGUAUGGCGUGCAGUCUGUUAUUUCCUGCGACUAGCUGUAACAGGGCAGCAAAUCACACAGCAUUCACACAAACCGGGAUAUGCCAUUCUCACAGGUUCAGUGGGACUGGUACGUAUACCCUAAACAUACGAAGCUGGUGAAAGGUGUGUUUCUCGCCAUUGAGUUGGGAGACUGCCAGCAAGGGCUAACGAGUCAUUUCCUGAGACAGCUUGGAAGAAAGGGAGUUUCAUGUAAAAGGACUAGAUGGAAUAGAGUUUGUCAAAAGUGUUCAGGAAAGUUUCCUUCAUCAGUACGUGGAAGUCCCAGUGAGAGAGCAUGCAAUGCUGGAUCUGCUGUGUGGGAAUGAGACAGGGCAGAUAUCAGAAUUUU